AGAAGAAGAAGAAGAAGAAGAAAGAAAGUGACGCAUGCGCAGUCCUCUCUUCCACCCGUGGUUAUGUUUACAUCAGGUCCGGAUGAGUCCGCUGACGUGUGCGUGAUGAGCUCAGAGCCGGACGUGGACGGGCUGCGUGUGCUGUUCCAGAGCGACGACUACAUCGUGGUGGACAAACACUGGGACGUGCGCAUCGACAGUAAGAUGUGGUACGAGAAACACACGGUUCAGGCUCAGCUUCGCCAGCGCUUCCCUCACCUGGCCGACCCCAACACCUACUACGGCUUCAGGUUCUGUCACCAGCUGGAUUUCUCCACCAGCGGCGCUCUCUGCGUGGCCCUCAGCAAAGCUGCUGCUGGAAACGCCUACCGCUGCUUCAAGGACCGGACGGUCACCAAGGCGUACCUGGCUCUGGUUCGAGGUUGGGUCCAAGAAGAGAGUCAAACCCUGAGCUUCUCCAUCGGGAGGAACUCGACGGAGGGAAAGACGCACAUGAUGUGUGUGGAGGGAACAGAAGGUUGUGAGAACCCGAAGCCGUGUCAGACCGAGCUGACGGUGCUGGAGUUCGGUUCAUACGACUCAGACCCGGUCACUAAAGUUCUGCUGCAGCCGCUCACUGGACGAACCCACCAGCUCCGGGUUCACUGCAGCGCCAUCGGACACCCCAUCGUGGGAGACUUCACCUACAGCUCAGGAGCAGACGACGGCCCGUACCGCAUGAUGCUCCACGCCCACCUCCUCCACAUCCCCCUGCAGCCCCAGCCCCUGCUCGUCACCGCCGGAGACCCCUUCAUCCCCGCCGUGGAUCCAAAAUGGCUCCCGCAGCGCUCGCUACGGACGCUAGCGGACACGGUGGAGGCUCUGCUGCAGCACAGAGGAGAGGAGGACAGGAAGAAGGAGGAGGAGGAGAAGGAGGAGGAGAGGAGGAGACGGAGGAAGGAGCAGAGGACUGAGGAGGAGAGUGAGGAGCAGAGGAGGAGGUGUCAGGAGUGGCUGAGUGAAUGGGCCGGAGACUGACGCAGGAUUUUAUUUCAUUUAAAUUUAUUUUAGCUGUUGGUCAAAAGACGGAUAAAAGGAUCCAAACACGCGUCGACUCACAUUCACUGUGAGCUGCAGUUAAAGUGACUCUGUUUAAAAGUUACGUUUCUCCUCUUUCCAGCCUCAGAGGUUUGUAUCCACGUCUGUUUCUUCCUUCAUCAGCAACUUUCUCCUGAACGUCACCGACAAUGAAGGAAUAAAUGAAGCCGAUGAACUGGUUCCUUCAGCUUCACUGGUUUUAUGGCUCUGGAUGAGAUUAUAUAUUAUUAUUAUACUGUAAAACAGCCACUGUUCACACGUUUCUGUUCUGUCUUCAUUCCCAUAAACUGACUGAUACUGACUCUGUUUACACUUUAUAUUCAUUUCACCUCAAGAAACAAACUGGAGUUGAACCAAAAUAAAAGUGGUUUGAACCGUG